AUGGGCAUCCCUAUGUGGCGUGAGCCUUCUAAGUCCGAAGCAUCCAAGUCUGCUUUGGACAAGGACCCAUCUGCUUCUGCACGCUCGUCGAUUCGCCGGGGACCGUCGCGGCACAGUAGCUCCCGAGCGCGCCGUUCCGAUAUCCUGGCUUCGUUUCAUUCACAGAUCAUUGAUGAGCUCCGACGCGGUGCCGUGGAACCGAGACGCGUGCCGCGCUUCUCUUUCAUACCGCCAAACGGGGCUGUCGAGAGUACAGUUACUCUGGAACAGGCCGAACGUGACGCCCUCAACUGGGCUCAGUCGCGCGCCGCGAAUGCACCCCGACCGACCGACCGACCGACAGAGACAGCAAACCGGCGAUUUAGGAAUUAUCGCGAUCAAGCCUUAACCGACCUUCUCGGUCGCAUGGACGCUCAGCCCAGAAAUACCCAUGUCAGCCCUUCAUUGACUACCAACUUCGCUCCCGCUCUCGCAUACCACACUAGCGCUACUUCAACCCCUUCGGAUAGCGGCGUUCGUCUCCCCCCUAUGCGUGACAGAUACAACAGUGAUCAUCCUUCCAAUACCAUAUCCCGACCAGACAUACUUGAAUAUCUGUCCCACAACACACAAACCCGACCACCCCGAGACCCCGUUGUAGACGGGCUUGGGGAUCGCCAGCGCAGUCCCAGUCCAGACGGAGAGCGAGAAACCGAUGCGUGGGAGACUUUACUCUCAACUAUGACACCCGAUGCGACUCUUCCAUCGACUGAUACUUCUUUCACCUCAACUUCUGCCGCUGGGCCGGAUAUUUCGCGCAAUCCUCGUCCUCGGAGCUCUAUCAACUUGACACAGCCAUUGGCGGCGGAUGCUGCCCGUGCUCACUUUAGACUCGACCCCUUUUCUGACCAACUCAACCCAUGCGACUUCUCUUCCUCUGAUGAUGAGGGUCCUUCCUCUAGUUACGUAGAAUUCAUGAGACAGGCAGGUGUACGUCGUCCCGAUCCGCAUUCGACUAUGAGCAACCAUCCUCCUAUUUCUAUCCCUGCAAUCAUUCCUGCAAGCGUUCUCGCUAUCUCUGACGGGCGUCACCAAAGCUCCCUCUCCGACCGUCACCAGAAUGAUGACCUCCAUCACAUGCAGGUUAUCCUGGAUCGACUUGCACGUCGUGAGGAUAUUCCCGACGACUGGUGGGCCGCAGCCGGCCUUGCACGCACUCUCGAUCGUGGUCUCAAUGCGAGCAUGGACUCCACCGACACCGAGGGCGUUUCUCGAACAAACAAUUGA